AUACAGUCGCCAUUAGAGCUAGCUGGGAAGGAAACGACGAGAUCGGUUCUUGCAGAGAUCGCAGAAACUCACAUCUUUCUCAUACUUCCGCUCCGCUCCUACUAGAAACCGUUGACGAAGGUUAGAGUUAUACCAAGACUACUUUACAUAAUGGAAGCUGCAAACUUGACACUUCAACAGUUGAAGUUUCCAGGCGUUCAUCAGCAAAGAUUUAGAACGCAUUCAUCACUGUCCUGGAGACGAGAAGAUGCAUCCUUUUGCAAUGUGACACAUAUAUUGUAUUAUCCAGAUAAAAAUUCACGGAGUGUUAAUAAAUCAUCUGAUUUUUCUUGUCUUUCAUGUCAUGCUUCAAUUAAUAAAAAUGAGUUUGUGCUAAAGCCUAACAAAAAAGGGUCAAUUUUGACGGGAAAAUGUAUAGAGAAUGCAUAUGGUUCGAUAGAAGCAAGCUCCUUUUGUGAAAAUAGUCAUAGUAUUUCUGCAAAUAAUGUACAAGAAAAGGUUGGAGUGUUGCUGCUGAAUCUUGGGGGCCCAGAGACUCUUGAUGAUGUUCAACCAUUUCUGUUCAAUCUGUUUGCUGAUCCUGAUAUAAUCAGACUUCCCAGGCUGUUCCGUUUUCUUCAAAAGCCCUUGGCCAAGCUAAUCUCAACAUUUAGAGCUCCAAAGAGUAAAGAAGCUUAUGCUUCUAUUGGUGGUGGAUCGCCUUUAAGAAAGAUUACGGAUGAGCAGGCACAGGCUCUAAAAAUUGCCUUGGAAGACAAAGGUUUGCAUGCAAGUGUGUUUGUUGCAAUGCGAUACUGGCAUCCAUUUACAGAGGAAGCUAUUCAGCAGAUAAAGCGGGAAAACAUUACCAAGCUUGUUAUUCUACCAUUAUAUCCUCAGUUCUCCAUUUCAACUAGUGGUUCAAGCAUCCGUGUUCUUCAAAGUAUCUUCAGGGAGGAUGGUUAUUUUACAAGAGUAGCUAUCUCUGUAAUAGAAUCAUGGUAUCAACGUCAAGGUUAUAUAAGAUCGAUAGCUGAUUUGAUAGAGAAAGAAUUGUCAAAAUUUUCUAAACCUGAUGAGGUCAUGAUAUUCUUCAGCGCACAUGGAGUUCCACUUAGCUAUGUUGAGGAUGCUGGAGAUCCUUACAGAGAUCAGAUGGAGGAUUGUAUUAGUUUGAUCAUGGAUGAGUUGAAGUCAAGAAGAGUCAUGAAUAGCCACACUCUGGCCUAUCAGAGCCGAGUUGGGCCUGUGCAGUGGCUGAAACCUUAUACUGAUGAAGUUAUAGUCGAGCUUGGCCAGAAAGGGGUUAGAAGUCUUCUCACUGUUCCAAUAAGCUUUGUUAGCGAGCACAUAGAAACUUUGGAAGAAAUUGACAUGGAGUACAAGAACUUGGCUCUAGAAUCUGGCAUCACAAACUGGGGUAGGGUCCCCGCUUUGGGCUGCACUUCUUCCUUCAUUUCAGAUCUAGCUGAUGCCGUCAUUGAAGCCAUCCCUUCUGCCACUACCAUCUCAGCUCAAAGAAACUACGCUCAUCACGAUGACAGAGACGCCAUGAACUAUAUCCUUAGCUUCUUUUUCGGAUCAUUUUUCGCAUUUUUCUUAUUGUUGUCGCCUCGAGUGUUCUCUUUGUUUAAGAGCACAUUCCAUUAAUAUCAUGCAGCUUGUUUGGCUUAGAGGUUGAGUGCUUUAUUUCUGAGCAUAAGGUCCAGCACACACAGAUGAGUGCAUGAGUUAUAGAAAAACAAAAUUUAUAUGA